AGAAGACACUUGCCCAAGGUGCCACGCAGUGGGACUGAACCCGGAACCAUGUGGCUGGUUUGCUGUUAAAGUAUCGAAGCGAAUAUGUUAAAUUCGUGGUCGCUGGUAUUUAUGGUGUUAUUAACAGCAUCGAACUGUGAAGAUCUCACGUAUACGGUAAUGGAAGGUGAAAAACCAGGAACUUACCUUGGAAAUAUAGCUUUUGAUACGAGUCUCAUGAAAAAUGUUGGGACAGAGGAAAGGAAUCUGAGAUUUAUUCUACUAAAACCAGCACAUUCCACUGAACAUCAACAACUGUUUAAGAUUAAUGAAAAAACUGGUAAAUUCUACACGGCACAAGUGAUUGAUGCGGAAGCAGUUUGUACCCAAGGGUCAGAAUGUUUCCAGAUAGUUGAUGUCAUUGUUCAAGACGGGGAAGCUCUCUUGAAAAUAUUGAAAAUUAAAAUUGUCAUCGAAGAUAUCAACGAUAACAAACCGAUAUUUCCUCGUAGAAAUAUAAAUUUAUAUUUUUCUGAAGGUGGUAGCGGAAUGAGAAAAUCAAUUCCAAACGCUGUCGACCAAGAUGUUAGCGAAAAAAAUUCUAAGAUAAGUUAUCAUCUUCAAUCAAAGAACAAUGAAACGUUUUCAUUGAUUGUCACAGAGCGAAUUGAUGGAACAUCAAAAUUAAGCAUCAACGUCAACAAAAAACUUGACCGAGAAGUACGAAGCAGUUAUGUUUUAGAAAUCAUUGCACAAGAUGGCGGCCAACCGCCUUUACAGACGCAUUUGAAUGUUAAUAUUUCAGUGACUGAUGUAAAUGAUAAUGCACCAGUAUUCAUGCAAGAUGUAUAUAAUGUGACAAUCAAAAAUGAGUUAAGUGAACAGACACCCAUAAUCACGGUGUCUGCAACUGAUGCAGAUAAAGAUGAAAAUGGCAAAGUGUCUUAUCGAUUUAGUUCAAGAACAUCAGAAAUAACGCUUUCUCAUUUUCAAUUGAAUGGAACAACUGGAGAAAUAUUCUUCCGUCGGAUAUUUUCUUCAAGUGAAAAAUAUAUGCAUUUGUUUAUCGAAGCUUACGAUGGAGCCAACCCGCCUUUAAGUGUAAUAGGAAUGGUACAAGUUAACAUACAAUACACAACGAACAAUCCACCGGAAAUACGGAUUAAUUUUGUAUCUUCUGUAGCACCAAACACUGCGAUAGUCAGCGAGGAUAUAAAUGAAGGCAGUUUUAUUGCUUACGUUCAAGUUUUUGAUCACGAUGUAGGAAAUAACGGACAAGUCAGUUGUAACUUAAGACACGAUCAUUUCCAACUACAGAGCCUCGGAUCAACAGGAUAUAAAGUUAUCGUAAAGAAAAGAAUUGAUAGAGAAAAAAAAGAUAACUUUAACGUCACUGUCACAUGUCAAGAUAAAGGAAUCCCAGCCCUGUUCACAGAUUAUUCCUUCUUAAUUGAAGUAUCAGAUGUCAACGAUAAUGCGCCAUUAUUUGAAAAGUCCUCAUACACCGCUUCCUUCUUUGAAAAUAAUGUUAUAGGUUUAUCAAUUGUGAAGGUGUCGGCAUAUGAUAAGGACAAACGGCAAAAUGCUCAAAUUACUUACUUCCUUCAAUCUGAUUUACCAUUUAGCAUUGGUAAACUGUCGGGUAUUAUAAGAGCAAAAACUUCUUUCGAUCGAGAAGCGAGUUCUUUUCUUACUUUCCCUGUAUUUGCUAAAGAUCAGGGAAAUCCAUCGUUAACUGGCAGUGCUACACUUAAGAUAUCUAUCCUUGAUGUUAAUGAUAAGUCGCCUAAAUUCACACAACCAACAUUCGAAUUUUCAACUUACGAAAACCAACAACCAAAUUUUCCUGUUGGGUUUAUAAAUGCCACCGAUGCCGAUCAAGGCAUAAAUAGUCAGCUUACUUAUUCAUUGAUCAGGAACAAAGGCAGUUUUAUUCCUUUUCAGAUUUCUAACGAUGGAUUUCUGUCGGUUGUUCAAGUUCUAGAUCGCGAACUCCAGCCAGAAUAUCGCUUCAACGUUUUAGUCAACGACAAAGGUACACCAAGCUUAAACAAUACCGUUAAUGUCCGCGUAAAAGUCAUUGACGAAAACGAUAACUCACCAGAGUUCGUAUUCCCGAGCGGGAAUAAUUUUAGCAUGACCGUCUAUUAUCAACGAUAUACCAAUAAAGAAAUCAGCAUUGUACAGGCGCAUGACAAUGAUGUUGGCAAAAAUGCCGUUCUUCGAUACAACAUCAUUGGAGGAAAUGAGAAAAAGUUAUUCGACAUCGAUACAAUCAAAGGAUCCAUAUAUUUUGCCCGUGCAGCAACCGCACAAGACUCUGGCUUGUACAAAUUACAACUCAUAGUAUUCGAUUCUGGUGAGCCUGUGAACUCAGCCGAGUCUAAUCUUUCCCUGAGCGUUAUUGUAAACAACGAUACUGCAGCAAUCAACAAAGGUUUUGAACCUCACACGGGCAUCACGCUUCAGCACAAUCUCCUAAUUGUUAUAGUGCUUACGGUUAUCACGGUAUCAGUGGCUAUUAUCGUCAUAACCACUAUUUGUGUCAUUCGACGAAAUGACGUUCGGAAUGCGACAACGAUUCCACAAGUUUCCAAUAACAGCGACCAUUCGCAGACUUUAUCAAAGCAGUUUACUUUCAAUUCGGAUCCGUCUUUGAGAGUGCCAAAGGGCAAUGGUCGACGAAAUCGAUGUGGAUAUAACUAUUCUACAGUGCCAGAGGAUGUUGGUCUUGGAUGUAACACUUCAGCGAUUUCAGAAAAUUCUAAUCACUCAACGGGAGUCAAUAAAGCACAGGUUACUUUCCAGAAUGUAGUCGCUGCAACAAAUAGAUCGGUACAUGACUGUAUGAGUGAUAUAUCAACUGGUUCAUCAAACAAUGACAGUGGCCGAGGAUGGAGCGAUGCGGAUGCUGGAACUGUGCAAGAACUGCAGAGUAUGGCUGAAAACGUCUCCCCAUCAUCACAGUGUGCAAUACCAUUAUUAAACUGUCAUCAAAAAAGUAAUACAGUUCCUGUUUCAUUCACAUCUCGAGAAAACGGUUUCAAACCGAACCAAAGGAGUUCCUUCAAACCGAAUUCUUCAUCGCAAAAUUCCCCCAUGAAUAAUUUAAGAUCUAACCAUCACUCUCUGCCAAUGAAUACCAACAUACAUCAACAGCAAGGAAGCAUUUACCAAAAAAGUCCUUACUCUACCUCACAGCAAGUUCAGCCUUCUCAUACGCCAUACUCACUUGUUGCCAUUCCUAUCAGAACAAUUCCAAAUAAACUGCAUUACUCGUUAGUACAGCCACAAUUAAUGCCAAAACAACAAGUGGUAAGUUGUGGCGCUAAUUUAUCUCAAGCUGAGACUUCAUUUUGUGAAAACCAAAGUUCUUCGUCAACUGACAGCUGUCAUUUGUUAGAUGAUCUUAAAAAACAUACAUAUAGCGAUCGCAGCAAUUUUGUAUUAAAGGACGUCAUUGUAUGAGUGAAGAUGCUGUUGUUGAUUCCUGUUAUAUUGUAAUUUGGUGAUAAUUUUACAAUAUAUAUGUCGAACUGUGCCAUAAAUGUACAGAGUUUACUCAACGAAGGCUGUUAUUUUCUGUGUGAACCAAACAAGUGGCUAAGGCAGUUUCCUGUCACCAACAAACAAUGGAUUUAUUAUUCAGAAAAUUUGCUCACUUCAAUAACUGGACCAUUUUCAGAAGAAAAAAAAUAAUAAUAAAAUUAUACUGAGGUACAUGGAUUGAGAUGUACAUGGAUCAUGCUGCUGUUUGGAUACAGGUAAUUUGGUAUGGUAGUUUCCUGUCACUUCAAUAACUGGACCAUUUUCAGAAGAAAAAAAAAAAUUAGUAAUAAAAUUAUACUGAGCUACAUGAACUGAGAUUAUUUCGUGCUGCUGUUUAGAUACAGAUAAUUUGGCAUGGCUGAUUGGAUGUUCAGCCUGUUUUGAUGGUGGAAGCAAUCACGGACAUGUAUGCACAUCUACAGAAAUAUACACAUACAGAAAGAGAGAGAGAGAGAUUACAAUUUAUUAAACGGACAUGAUUAAUAUAAAGUCUUUCCAUCUCCUCAUACAUAUUAAAUAGAAAUAUGCUCACACACAUAAACAGAGAGAGAGAGAGACUCAUUCAAUUUAUUAUUUGAACACAAUUGACACAAACAUUUUCCCUCUCCUCAUACGCAUAAAAA